GGUAUGAAUGCAGCUCUGCGUGCGGUAGUGCGUAUGGGAAUCUACGUGGGCUGUAAAGUCUUCUACAUCUACGAGGGUUAUCAAGGUAUGGUAGAUGGUCAUAUUAAGGAGGCUACCUGGACAAGUCCAUCUGGCAUCAUUGAAAAGGGAGGCACGGUGAUUGGUAGCGCGCGGUGCAAGGAGUUCCGCGAGCGCCCCGGCCGCCUGAAGGCUGCCGCUAACCUAGUCAAGCAUGGAAUCACCAACCUUGUUGUGAUCGGUGGCGACGGCAGUCUGACAGGUGCCAACCUCUUCCGACAGGAGUGGCAGAGCCUGCUUGAGGAGCUCGUUCAGACUGAAACGAUUACGUUGGAGCAGUCUCAAGCAUGCUCAGCACUGAACGUAGUAGGCAUGGUUGGCUCUAUCGACAAUGACUUCUGUGGCACUGACAUGACUAUUGGUGCAGACUCAGCUCUGCAUCGAAUUAUGGAGGCAGUGGAUGCAAUCAGCACAACUGCGCAAAGUCAUCAGCGCACGUUUGUGCUGGAGGUGAUGGGACGUCACUGCGGCUAUCUAGCACUUGUCGGUGCCCUUGCCAGCGAGGCGGAAUAUGUCUUCACGCCGGAGUGGCCACCGGAGAAGAGCUGGCCAGAGCAGCUGUGCAGAAAGCUGGGCAGAACAAGGGAAGCCGGUCAGAGGCUAAAUAUCAUUCUAGUAGCUGAGGGAGCUAUAGAUAUAGAAGGCAAUCCCAUCUCUGCUGAGGAUGUUAAGAAGGUGAUUGUGGAUAACCUGAAGCAGGACACCCGCAUCACUGUGCUGGGGCACGUGCAGCGGGGUGGCAAGGCAUCCGCCUUUGAUCGAAUUCUGGGCUGCCGCAUGGGUGCAGAGGCAGUGUUGGCAUUGAUGGAAGCCACUCCAGAGACCCCUGCCUGCGUGAUAUCACUGGAUGGAAAUCAGACUGUCAGAGUUCCCUUGAUGGAGUGCGUAGAAAAGACCAAAGCUGUGCAGAAAGCCAUGGAUGAGCUGAACUUUGAACUUGCACAACGACUUCGUGGAAAGAGCUUUAUGAACAACCUGGCAGCCUACCGAAAAUUGAGCAAAAUUCACCCACCACAAUACUUGAUCGAGAAUAAAGAGAUGUGUAAGGUGUCUCAUAGGCUGGGAGUGCUGUGCAUCGGUGCGCCCGCGUGUGGCAUGAACCCAGCCAUCCGCUCCUUUGCCAGACUGGCGAUGUUUGAGGGCCACACCGUCAUCGGUCUGCACGAUGGAGUGGAGGGCAUCGCUCAGGGAACGAUUAAACCAAUAACAUGGGGAGAGUUGCAUGGUUGGGCUGGAGCAGGUGGUACAUACAUAGGAACUAAGCGGACUCUUGCCAGCAACUACAUACCCCAAAUUGCAAAGCGUUUCAAGGAGCAGAAGCUGGAUGGCUUGCUACUUAUUGGAGGAUUUGAGGCCUAUAGGUCGCUGCAGGAGAUAGCUGAUGCAAGAGACAAGUAUCCGGAGUUGUGCAUCCCGAUGGUGAUGAUUCCGGCUACGAUCAGCAACAAUGUGCCAGGCACCGAGUUCUCUCUCGGUGCAGACACCGCUUUAAACGAGAUCGCAGAGAUCUGUGACAGAAUAAAACAGUCUGCCAUGGGAACACGCAAGAGGGUGUUUGUUAUUGAGACAAUGGGUGGUUACUGUGGUUACCUAGCCACCAUGGCUGGUCUGGCAGGUGGUGCUGAUGCUGCUUAUAUUUACGAGGAGAAGUUCACCAUUGAAGAUCUGAGGAAUGAUGUCAGACACUUAGCCCAUAAGAUGGAUCAGGGGAUACAAAGAGGACUUAUUCUCAGGAAUGAGAAUGCCAACUCUAACUACACGACCGAUUUCAUCCACCGACUGUACUGUGAAGAAGGCAAGGGUAUAUUCACAGCAAGGAUGAAUAUUUUAGGCCACAUGCAGCAAGGAGGAUCCCCUAGUCCCUUUGACCGCAACAUGGGUACAAAACUGGCUAGCCGUGCUCUUGACUGGAUGAAUGCAAAGGUCAAGGCAAACACUACGGCCGACGGCAUUGUGUACACGAACCAGAGAGAUAGUGCAGUCCUGCUUGGCAUGCGAAAACGGCACAUCAACUUCACUCCCAUACAAGAUCUUGCUGAGGAGACAGACUACGAGCAUCGUAUCCCGAAGGAGGAGUGGUGGAUGAAGCUGAGAGCUCUGAUGAGAAUCAUGGCCAAACACACGGCUGUCUACGAGAAGUCUGCCGCUAGUCUCGCCCACAUCGCCGAAGAGAGCGACUACGCCGAAGAAGAAUCUGAAACCGAAACGAAGUGAACUUCUCUCUAGAGAACUACCACCGACAUGGGAAACUGGGUUUAUCUAUGCUGAGCACGAGUCCUAGGGUUAUCUGGUGGUAGUGCCAUCCACUUCAUGUCACCUUCAAACCAGGAGUGUACCUCAGUGUGGCUUCGGUGCGUUUUUCACAGGUAUACAGAGUUGUAUAUGAAGCUGAGGGAAGUCUAUUCAGGUCUAUGUGUAAACUUGAUCUCAAUGAAGUCUGUAAAUCUUAAAACGGGUUGGUAUUCAUAGCCUUUUUUGAACAUAUAGACCAACAGUAUUAUUUUAUUCCAUAUCAUAUUUGAGCAUACCUCCAAGUAAAAUGCAGAGAUGUGGCGUUCUACCUGCCGUUAAGACAGACUAGUGCUGAGCGUAGAUGACUCAUGUUUCCUUUUACCCCCCCCCCCCGGACGUAGGAAGAGAAUAGAAGGAUGUUUCAGUAAAUUACAUCCUUAUACAUGUACCUUAAUUUUAACUGCAGCAAAACAAUGGGAGAGCGUUCUAUACCUUGACAAAAUUUCACAAAAAUUGCCUGUUUGUUUAUCUGGCAUAUUUAAGUAGAAGAAGUAGAAGAAGAAAGAAAUAGUGCAAACACAUGCAAGCAAACUGUUGUUAUUGUUGUUGGUUGGUUGUGUUUGCGUAAAGUGACGGGUACGUGUAUACGCCACACAAAAGAGCAGCUAUUAUAGUUUUUCUAGUAUCUCGCUACAUUUUACUUGUUUUGCCAAGUCUUUUCUAUUUCCCCCCCCCCAAUUUUUUCUUUAAAAAUGUUAGUCUUUCUUAAAUUUUCCCAAGGCUGGCAAUAAAAUUAUCUCAGUUUGGUAUUAAUUUUAGCUUUAAAAAAUACUAGUCGUUUUUACCCAUUCAACAUUGUAGCCAGUGAGGAAAGUCCUUCAUUAGUCUGGUCUUUAUUUGAUUUCCUAAUUUCAACAUAUAAGUAUGGACUUGCACUCCUUCACUCCUUUGUUCUUGCUGGGAAACUUUCUAUUUAAUGUGUGCUUUUAUUCGUAUCAAUCUUUCUCCAGUUACAUGUAAGUAAUUACAUACUCUGUAUAUACUGUGCCACAGCAUAUUGGGUGAUAUUGCAUAUCAACUGCACUGCAAAUACACCAUCUGAUGACUGGAGACAGGCGUUGUUAUAGAGAAGCUGCAUACUAAAUUUGCAUCACCUUUAAUGUGUUCACCGCAGUGUUUCAACUUGCCCGCUUAGCCGAAAAACACCGUGUUUCUGGAUGACGUGUGUCUGUUGACAUGAUAAACUGUAACGGGUUUUGUUACGAUUCAGACGUUUAUCUUGUGAGUGUUUGUUGUGGGAGGAAACGUAUAGUGGUACACGUUAUUAUACAUGAGGUGUAACAUGUUCGUGUGCUGGCUGUCACUACCUGUAGGUAUAACUUCCAGCUAGUGUGAUAUCCUAGUCGAAUACCCCGACGUUAUUUAUGAGCAUUAUACCCUCAGCACCAGAUAGCUAUUUAUAUUACAGUAAUUGUUCCAAUCAGCCAACUACCUUGAAAUGUUUUCUUUUAUUAUUGCAUUUUUUUACUGUAGCCUCUUCAUUUAUUAUUGAGUUUCAUAUUUUGCAUUUUGUUGGCCUUUAAUUUUCAGCAUUUUCAAGCUCCGUAGAUUUUCAUAGGCCCUCGUCAGCUUGGAUUGUUUUCAUACAGACUGUUUAUAUCACAUUUUCUGUUGUCAAUGGUAAACCAUUUAUCAAGCAUAUUAUGAGCAUAUUUUACAAGUUUAGCCUUUUAAAUUUAUUAUAUACUCUCGAGUUGAGAGCAAUGCCAAUUUCAGUUGUUUUCGUUUUCCGUUAAAAAAAUUACUUUAGAUGAAAGUAUGUUAGCAAUUUAUUUUCCCCUUUCAAAAAAGUGGCAUUGCAUUAAUAAUUUUAAAACGGUCCAUUUUAAUCAUUAUUUUACUAUCGGCUACAUAAUAUAUAUUCAUAAUAUAGUUCAUUUUCUUCUCUUUUCAGCAUAAAAACUGAUGAUUCCAGUUGUUGUUUAGUAAAAUGGCCAGUUCUAAUAGUUGUUUUAUUAUCGGCUGGCUACAUAUAUUCCUAUGUUAGAAAUUUCAAUGUCUUUGCAGAUGUGCAUAUGUGGCUUUUCAUGUAGUAAAUAUGAUAACAUUGCUGCUUUGCAUGUUACGUGUUGCUGCACACCAUGAUGCCAUAAUGAGACAUUUGAAUAUAUGUUGAAUACACAUAUGUACAAUGACAA